AUGACCAACAACCUAAGUGUCAAGCCGUGGUUGCCUCAGACACCACCUCCCGAGGUCACUUUCUUCAAUGUGAAUCUGGUUGAUACUGAGCUAGGUGAAGUGGCUCCUAACUCUACUGUGAAGAUCAAGGAUGGUCUCAUCAUCGAUGUGACGACUGGAAGCGCAGAGUCUCACACUUUGCUCGAUGGAACCAACACAGUGGAUCUGAAGGGUCAAUACCUCUGCCCAGGCCUUAUCGACUGCCAUGUUCAUCUGACAGCGACACCUGGAGCUCUUUCACUGAAGGACUUGUUUUCAGCAAGCCCUAAUAGCAUCGCAUACCGUACGGCAUUUGUUGCGCGAGAGAUGCUACUUCGUGGAUUCACUACAGCUCGUGAUACUGGUGGAGCGGACUCUUCUCUUCGCGAGGCUAUUCGAGAAGGUCUCAUCAUUGGUCCUCGGCUGUUUAUCGCUGGAAAAGCCCUGUCUCAAACAGGAGGCCACGGAGACCUUCGAGCUAGCUUUGAGGGAGAACAGCACAAGUGCUGUGGGGGCCACUCGCCCGCCUUCGCGCGUGUAUGUGAUGGAGUUCCCGAAUGCCUUAGUGCGGUACGAGAUGAGCUACGACAGGGCGCGGAUUUCAUCAAAAUAAUGUGCGGAGGGGGUGUUGCCACUCCAGCAGAUGCCCUCGACAUGCUUCAGUUCACCGCGGAAGAGAUACGUGCGAUAACAACGACUGCUAGAUACUCCAAAACCUAUGUGACGGCUCAUGCAUACACUAUUGAUGCAAUCCGUCAUGCUGUCGAUAAUGGGGUGAUGGGAAUUGAGCACGGAAAUUUCAUCGACGAGGAGACUGCAGCUUACUGCACCAGAAAAGGAGUAAUUUUUACUCCGACUCUUGUCACUUACAAAAGCAUGACCCGGCCUCCAUUCGACAAUUUCCUUGACAAAUUUAGCCAGGAAAAAAACCGCCAGGUUCUUGCAAGUGGGUUAGGUGCGCUUUCAGUUCUUCAGAAAGCAGGAGCAACAAUCUGCUAUGGAUCGGAUCUCCUGGCAGGUCUGCACUCUCUGCAAAACGAGGAGUUUUCGAUCCGUUCUUCUGUGUUGAGUGCAAAAGAAAUUCUCCAGUCUGCCACGGUGAAUGCUGCCAAGCUUCUAGGAAUGGAGAAUCGACUAGGAUGCAUCAAGAAGGGGGGUAUUGCAGACAUUCUCAUUCUGAAAACCAAUCCGCUCGAAGACAUUACGAUCUUAGAUCGGAUUGAUGAAAGCCUGGUGGCUAUUAUUAAGGAAGGUCGCGUGGUUUUCAAGCGAUCGAGUUGGUUGGCUGUUGACCCGAUGUACGACCCAUGCCGUGUUCAAGCAGAAUAA